CCCCUGCAGCGCCCGGAGCCGCCGCGGGAUCGGGAGCCUCGGGGAAGAGCGGCGCGGGAGCCGGCAUCCACCGCUGGAAGGGCGGCGACGGCGGCCGGAGCGACCUAGGGAGGCGAGCGGAGCCGCCAUGGCCGAGUUCCCGUCGAAAGUGAGCACGCGGACCAGCAGUCCAGCACAGGGCGCCGGAGCCUCGGUGUCUGCGCUGCGCCCGGACCUGGGCUUCGUGCGCUCCCGCCUCGGGGCACUCAUGCUGCUACAGCUGGUGCUGGGGCUGCUGGUGUGGGCCCUGAUUGCAGACACCCCAUACCACCUCUACCCUGCCUAUGGCUGGGUGAUGUUCGUCGCUGUCUUCCUCUGGCUGGUGACAAUCGUCUUCUUCAUCCUCUACCUGUUUCAGCUGCACAUGAAGUUGUACAUGGUGCCCUGGCCACUGGUGUUAAUGAUCUUUAACAUCAGCGCCACCGUUCUCUACGUGACUGCCUUCAUCGCCUGCUCUGCGGCAGUUGACCUGACGUCCCUGAGGGGCACCCGGCCAUAUAACCAGCGUGCGGCUGCCUCGUUCUUUGCGAGUUUGGUGAUGAUUGCCUAUGGAGUGAGCGCCUUCUUCAGCUACCAGGCCUGGCGAGGAGUAGGCAGCAAUGCAGCUACCAGUCAGAUGGCUGGUGGCCAUGCCUAAACAACCUGUGCCAUGGCCCCCUCUGGGGCUGAAGCCGCUGCUGGGUCACAGAGCAGGGUAACCUUGCAAGCCUGAAGCUGGGGAGCCCUGCACAGAGUCAGCCCCGCAGGGACUACACUUGCUCCUCUCUGCCCAUCAGACAGAAGCUCUCACAGUGCUAAGGAAGCAGGCCCAGGUUGGCAGGCAUCUGGGCUUGUGGGAGGCCAACCACGGAGACCUCCUUUCCAUCCCCCUUAUUCAGUGGAAGGUGACGGGGGAAUCUGAGGCUGUGUCUCUGCCUUGUCUUUGGAGGACUUCAGCGUCCCAGGCUGGGGCCCACCCUUCUCACCAGCCCUAAAUGCACUAACAAGGACUCUAGACCUGUAGCCCCAGACCUGCUGUAGUGUAAGCCUAACAGGCAACAUGUAGCACCUUAGUCUUUGUUCCGGGAGAGCUGAGCAAGCUCAUGAAACCAUUCUCCUUCCUUUAAAUGCAGUUCCGACCCACCGCUCCCUGGAGCCAACCUGUACAAAGUGGGUUAUGAUUGUUGACAGCAUGGUCUUCCCUCCCUGCAUUUCAGACACACCAGUUAUUGAAAGCAAAUCAGUUUUCAGUGACAUCUCAAUGCUGAGAAGCCUGGCCAGGUUUUCUUCCCUUUCCCAAGCCUCUCUCUUUAAUACUCCCUUUGGGUGAAGCUAACAUCAGUGCCAACUGCCUCCCUGACCCUGCCUCCCUGACCCCAGGCACACGGGACGUGAAGGAGGGAGGGAAGCAAGGCCUUGCCUGGCGAAUUGUCAUGUGGUUGGUGGUGACUUUGUUUUUUUGUUUUGUUUUUAUAAAAAUAAAUAUGAGAGAAAUUA